AUGGCCGUUUUUCCUUCACUUGUUCCUCGAUUGUCAGACGACCUUUGGUUUAGCAUUGAUAAACGAUUUGAUGAUGAUGCUGCUUUGACAAAAGAAGAAGACGAAUACACAGCACAGCUUCAUACAGUUGUUGAGAAGGGAAAUGAUAUUGUACCACUUGGGAAAUCAAAAGAAUCAAAUGAGGGUCAAGAAGAAGAAGAGGAAGAGGAGAUGGAAGAUGAGGAAGAUUCGGCUGAAGAACUUGAAGAUGAGACUGAUGACUAUGAGUCUCCAAGCCCUGAUGCUGAGUCAGUAGAAGGAGAGGUUGAAAUGAUGGACUCCAGUUUCUUGUAAACAGUAAAAAACAAACAAUGCCAGUGCAGUGUUCUGGAAACCACACAAAAGCUGAUGGAAAGGCAUUAUGAAUCCAUUUCCCACUACUGAACGAAGGCUGUUUUUGUGUACAAGAGACCAAAGUUGAGCUGUUUGUGUAUGGGAAUGAAAACCAAGAAACAUUUUGAGUAACUAAGAUACACACUUGGUCAGUACUUAACAGCUAUUAUUCCCAUUUACCUACUCAACCUGGUUUACAAAAGUUCACAAUUAGUGCUCAAAUUUAGAACAUAACCACCUUGAARKGUGGCUUCUACUUUAUCAACCUAYUAYAUUUCAAGAUGGARCUCAGCAGUUCAUUAAAUUUGGAAGUAGAUGGCUGUUAUGAAAAAGGAAACCAUAUGGUGACUCACAAAAGGCCACAAGUGCUACAACCUUAAUUUGGUAGCCAGUC